GACCUCUUGUCAGUCUCUUGCGGAGGCAGGUCCUCUUCUCUUUAUUUAUUCAACUCCGGUUGCUAAAACCCAAGAAAUCACAAGAUUAUCGAAGAACGACCUUGAAAAUGUCGAUGGAUCUAGACUCGGUCGCUUUGCCGUCAGUCCAUCGCCCGCAACAGUCUGCCACUAUUUUAUGUUGCAAUUGUGGUGCGCCAAUCGACGGAACCCAGUCGGCAGGUGCAUUGUGUUAUGACUGUAUCAAACUCACCACCGAUGUGUCUGAGGGCAUCCAGCGAGAAGGCGUAAUCCACACUUGCAGAGAUUGUGAAAGAUGGCUCAGUCCACCUUCACAAUGGGUCACAGCUGCCAUGGAAAGCCGGGAGUUGCUGGCUUUGUGUCUCAAGAAACUGCGGGGCCUCAACAAAGUCCGAAUCAUUGAUGCUAGCUUUUUAUGGACCGAACCCCAUUCUCGCCGAGUCAAGGUCAAAAUCACUGUCCAGCAAGAGGCUUACGAAGGCACCAUUCUACAGCAGACCUUCGAGGUCGAAUACGUCGUCGCCUACCAACAGUGUCCAGAGUGCGCCAAAUCAUACACCCCCAACACCUGGAGAGCCUCUGUCCAAGUCAGGCAGAAGGUCCCUCACAAGAGAACUUUUCUCUAUUUAGAACAGCUUCUCCUCAAACAUGGUGCUCACAAGGAUACCAUCAACAUCAAAGAAGUCAAAGAUGGUCUCGAUUUCUACUUUGCCCAACGCAAUCAUGCCGAAAAGUUCGUCGAUUUCCUGACCUCGGUCACUCCUGUCAGAGUCAAGAAGUCUCAAGAACUCAUCUCUAUGGACGUCCACACCUCAACGAAGUCUUAUAAAUUCACAUAUUCCUGCGAACUUCUCCCCAUAUGCAAGGAUGACCUUGUGGCGCUCCCAUUAAAACUCGCAAAGUCAAUUGGCAAUAUUUCCCCCCUCUCAUUGUGCUACCGAAUCGGCACAUCCGUCAACCUGAUAGACCCGAAUACCUUGCAGACCGCUGAUUUGCCAUCGGCAAUAUAUUGGAGGGCGCCGUUCAAAAGCCUGGCAGAUGUCAAGGAGCUAGUCGAGUUUAUUGUGUUGGACAUUGAGCCAACAGCCACGCAGAACGGCCGAUUCUUUGGUGCCGAGGUGACUGUAGCACGAGCCUCAGAUUUAGGCGUCAAUGAUACCACAUACUUUUGCCGAACUCACCUUGGAGGUGUCCUCCACGCAGGAGACUCGGUACUCGGGUACCACCUCACAGGUACUAAUUUCAACAACCCCCAAUUCGAAGAGCUAGAGCAAAACAACACCUACGGUUCCACGAUUCCGGAUGUACUAUUGGUCAAGAAAUACUAUGCCCGGAAGAAGAAGCCCAAGGCGCGCAGCUGGAAACUCAAGCGAAUGGAAAAGGACGAAGGAGAGCUUUUGCCCAAGAAAGCCGACCAAGAACGCAUGGAUGCAGACUAUGAAAUGUUCCUACGGGACGUGGAAGAGGAUUCGGAACUUCGCCAAACUCUCGCUCUGUACAAGGCGCAGCAGCAACGUCGGGCAGCGGACGAGAUGAGCAUGGCAACGUCGGCUGAUGACGAAGUGCCUCAGAUCAACAUGGAUGAGUUGUUGGAGGACUUUGAUGAAUUGAAUGUCAACGAUAUGGAAUCAUGACCACCUAUCGCCGCGACGGAUUGUUAGGCAUAUAGCCUCGUGGAAUGAAAUCUGUUCAUGUCACGCUCGCUUAUCUUCACGUACAGUCACCUUUGUCGAUGACGUUGUGCUACGUGGAGUGAUUACUUUGGCUGCAGCAAGCCCGAACUUGGCCAAUUUACAGUCUGGUAUCUUCGACUUGUCGCGUCAGACAAGAAAGCCACCGAAUUAUCGCAUGGAUAAUUAACAAGCCAUUCGGUUCCUGGGUCUUUAAUCAUAAUCUUGAAUGACACCACCUGAUUCCACACUUCGUUCGGCUCACAUGUCUCUGCUGACAGGCAUUAGAGACACAUCUCGGAGUGGCGAGGCCUCCAAAUCUCAACUCGCCUGUCCCGACCUUACAUACUCUAUUUCGGGGCCAAAUCUUGAUGACAAAGUCAAGUUACACGCCCUACAUAGCUCACCCGAGGUUCAUUCUUUGUCCUCGUGGCGACAGCUCGUCUAGCU